AUGUCUCAGAGAGACAAAGAGACAUUUGAAGAAUAUGUGCAUAGAUGGAGAGAGCUAGCCGCUCAGAUCAGUCCUCCAUUGGAAGAAAAAGAAAUAACUAAGAUCUUUCUUAAGACUUUGAGUUCAUUUUACUAUGAGUGUAUGAUUGCUAGUGCUCCAAAUGAUUUCAUCGAGACAGUGAACAUGGGGAUGCGUCUAGAGGAAGGUGUCCGUGAGGGCAGAUUCUCUAUAGAAGAAGCGUCAGCUAAUAAUAAGUAUAGGAGUGGAGAAACUAAUUCAGUGAUUAUGGAGAGGCAAAGGAAUCCUUAUGUUAAGAAGAGUUCCAGAUCUUAUCAACAACAUCAUCAAGUGUCUUUUGUCAUUCCAUUAUUUGCCAAUAAUUUUUCUGUUCAAUCACCAAGAAGUCAUCCACCUAUGCCUGAACCUCUAUCGUGGUGGUAUAAGCCUGAUCAACAUUAUGCCUAUCAUCAUGGGGCACUAGGCCAUGAUAUUGAGAACUGUUUUCCGUUGAAAUACGAGGUUCAACGAGUGGUAAGAAGUGAGAUAAUGUCCUUUGAGGACCGUGUGCUGAAUGUUAAAGCCAAUCCGUUACCCGUUCAUGGUAACUCCUCUGUAAAUAUGGUGGACGGUUGUCCCGGUGAGUACAAAAUUUAUGAUGUUCAACGUAUCAGAAGAUCCUUGGUAGAGCUUCAUAAGACUUUGUGUCAGAUUAGUGAAUGCAAGCAUGAUCAUGACGGUUGUAUCAUUUGUAGUGUCAAUCCACGUGGGUGCAUGAUUGUGAAGAGGGAUAUUCAAAGGUUAAUGGAUGAAGGUAUGAUUCACAUCAACCAAGCUAGAAAUCCGGAUGAUGAUAUGAAUGUGAUUAUUCCAGUUUUCAAAACUCCUGAACGAGUGGUGAUUCAGUAUGAUAGCAGUAAGAGAAGCAAUAAAUCGGUAUCGUUGGUAGUGAUAUGGUUGGUGGGCCCAGUCCCGUACAUAUAUGAUAAAGUUAUGCCUUAUAAGUACGAUGCUACUAUGAUCAAAGAUGGGAAAGAGGUUCCUCUUCCAACGACUACUUCAAUAGUAAGCAUCAUUGACGUUGUCAAGGUGACCCAAAGCGAUCGAGUGUUCAGUAUGGUAUUUCGGAAGGCUGUCGAGAAUGUUGUAGUUGGAAAGAAGGCCGAGGUGGUUGUUCCUUUGUUGGAUCCUAUUAACACUCCAAUCUGUUAG